CAGCAAUUACAGAAUAGCCGCUCAAUAAUGAGUGCUUAAAAUUUGAGAAUUUCACGACACAUCACUGCCGACGUCGACUCGCAACGGUUCACCACGGAAGCGGUGGCGCUGCUCAUCCGUGUCGAUCUAUGCCGGUGACACUCUGCCUGGAAAUCUUAUACCUCGCUUCACCUGUACUAUUGACUACCGUCAUUUGCGAUUUUUACAGCGCCUUUCUCUCUUCAUUCAGUUCAUUUUGAAGUUAGCGGCGGAAGGAAUUCAACAUGAUUGGUUCUUUUCUCACCAGAGGACUUGUUUUGUUUUUUGGUUAUGCUUAUCCUGCAUAUGAGUGCUUUAAAACUGUGGAAUUGAAUAAGCCGGAUAUUCCACAACUUCGCUUUUGGUGCCAGUACUGGAUCAUAGUUGCCACAAUGGCAGUUUCUGAGAGGAUUGGUGAUGCCUUUAUUUCUUGGAUUCCAAUGUACAGUGAAGCAAAGUUGGCAUUCUACAUAUACUUGUGGUUCCCAAAGACCAAGGGAACAACGUACGUAUAUGAUUCUUUCUUCAGACCAAUGGUUUUGAAGCAUGAACCAGAGAUUGAUCGUAACUUGCUGGAGUUGAGGACUGCAGCUGGAGAUAUUGCACUUAUGUACUGGAGAAAAGCUGCAAGCUAUGGUCAGACCAGAAUUUUUGACAUCUUCCAGUUUAUUGUUUCACAAUCAACUUCAUCCAAAUCAUCUCCCUCUGCUCCUCAGUCACAAAUGCAAGGCUCUAGAGUUCACCAACCUACUACUGCCCCACCAAAACAGAGAUCAACGUCAGCUGUAACAAUAAAGCCGCCACAGAAUGAAGAGCAGCAGUCUUCUUCUGCUUUGAAUGAGCCUUCAAGUGAGCAUGAAAAAGAUGCAGAAGGAGAGGUGGCGUCCUUGCAAGCACGCGCAACAGCUCCACCUGCUCCCUCCUCCAGUGCUCAGAAACCAACACCAACACCAAACGAUGUCCUAACUGAGACCACGAAAGCUUCAAGCUCUAGUGAACUUGUAGUGCGGCCUUCUGCAAGUCCAAGUGCAAAGCUUCCUGCAGAGAAAGUUGAAGCAACUUUGAGACUCACACGUGCAAGGUUGAAGAAAAUUCAGACUGCUGCUUCAGGCCAUUGACUAUUGCGGGAUCGUUUUCUUUAGUUUAUAGUGAUUUUUUUUAAAUGCUUCUUUCAUUCGUAAUUGAAGUAUAUAUAUAAAGCAAUAAAAGUAUGCAAACUACCAUGGUGACAUUGUCCAAAGUAUAUUUCAUUAUAUUUAAGCAUUUAUCCAAAAA